AUGCCAUCAGAUCCGCCGUCCCCCACGACGAAGCCGCUCCCGCACCCACAUGCGCACACGCUGAGCACCCAGCGCCCGACACCUCUCCGCGCACAGACAACGCCGGCGACACAGUCGAGCGCACCGCGCGCGGCGCUGACCCCUGCGCAGGCGAUCGCGCAGGCGUGGAUGCGCGAGUCGGCCGAGGCGCAAGCGCAAUGGCGCAUGGCCGACGUGCGGGCCAAGGAGCAGUACAUGAACCCCGUUAGAUGGAACACGGGCAGGCCGGAGAAGAAAAAGAGGAACGGAGCAAAGAUGUGAAGGACGGCGUCGACGACCCCAACGAGGCGCGUGUAGGAGGUUGGCGGGAACGAGCCUGCUGUGGUAUCUAUCUAUCUAUUCGUCAUGCGUUGCAUUGUAGGAUCAGUCCCCGUCGAGGGAGCGGACUCUUUCGCUGUUGAAGGCGCUGGGACUCUAAUAUUCGUUCUUUCUUGUGUAUGCGUUGUAUCGUUAUGGUCAUGGAAUAUGCAUCAUGGUGAAAUAUGC